AUGGCUGAUCUCAAAGUCGGCCAGACCAUUGAGACUAGUGACGGCCGGAAAGGCAUCAUUCGAUUCAUCGGCGACGUCCAUGUGGCACCUGGUCAGUUCCUCGGCCUCGAGCUCCCAAAUGCAACUGGCAAGAACGACGGCUCUCCUGCUCCCAAAGUUGCCACGAAGCCAACCACAGCUCCCCGGCCGAAAUCGCAGCCGCCAAAACCAACGCCACAAUCAGCAAAGCCACGACCUUCAAGCAUGGGCAGGCCAAGCCUGAAGCCGCCAUCCACCGCUGCUCCGUCCCCCACUGUCUCUUCCGCCGCUACCUCUCGCCUUUCAAUUUCCCAGCCACGCAAAUCUAGCGUUGCAUCUUCAACAUCACUCAGCGCCCUACGACCCACAAAGCCCGCCAGAGUGUCUUCCGUAUCCAGCGCGACUUCAAAACCCGACAUUGGCGCCUUAGAGACAAAGAUCAGGCAUCUUGAGCAGAAACAAGCAGAGGACCGUGAGAAACUGAAAGAUCUGGACAAAUUGCGGCAGGAAAGAGACCGGUUCUCAGCGUUGCUCAAGAAGCUGGAAGGCAAGUGCCAGGAGUUCCACCACUCUAAUUCAGAAUUGAAGGCCCAACUUCAACAGUCGGAGUCGGAAGUCGAGCGUCUAAGUAGAACCGAGCAGGAGAAUGAGUCGAUUUUGGAGCUUGCAACAUUGGAUCGCGAGAUGGCUGAGGAGAAGGCGGAAGCUAUUGCAGCAGAGCUGGACACAGUACGACAAAAGUUGGAAGAAUACGAGCUGGAGUUGGAUAUUCUACGGUCGGAGGCCGAGAUCAUGGGUCAGGACGAUAUAUCAGAGGAGGACAAGCGCGCCGCUGGGGUCUACCAGCUCCAGGCUGAGAGGGACCGCCUUCGGCAAGCGCUCAUCAUGUUGAAGGACAUCACAGAACAGAAUGAAUUGGAUCUUCGGACUCGGAUCCAAGAGUUGGAAUCAGAUUCGACGCAGUUAGAGGACACUAGGAGCCGCAACACGGACCUCGAAGCACAACUGGCAAACUCGACCGCCAUCAUUGAAGACUUGCGGCAACAGCUAGAUGCAGCCACAGACUGGGAGGACAUAAUUGAAGACCUCUCUGAUCAAAACCAACAGUUCAAGGACCAACUUGCAGAGAAGGACCAGGCAAUUAUCGACCUCGAAAACCUCAAAGAACUCAACGAUGAGCUUGAGAUCCACCAUCUUGAGCAAGCAAACGAACUCCGCGCCGAACUCGAAGCUAGAGACGUUGAAUUGGCCGAACACGUGCGGAAGGUUACACAACAAGACGCCGCUAUCGCGGACCAGGAGAUGUUGAUCACCAAAUUCCGGGAUUUGGUUGUGGAUCUACAGGGUAAGAUGACCGAUGUUGAGUCUUCGAAGGUGAUGAGCGAGGAACAGGCGAAGGACGUCACUGGUCGCUUCAACGAAGUCAUGGAAUUGAACCGGCGACUUCGCAAUGCCAACAUCACGAGCACGGUUAAAACUAUCACGGCAGAGCUUCAGAAACUUCAAGCAGACGAAGCAGAGGAGGAGCUAGCGAUUGUCAAACAUUACCUUCCCGACUCGCCAGAAAUUUAUAAAAACGAUUCUCUCAGGGCUUAUUUCCGGGCCAAGCGGAUCACUUUCAAGACUUCACUUGUUGGCUCUCUGAUGCGGUCCCUUGCUUUGCAAUCCUCCACUCCCGAGGGAAUAGCGCAGCCUCUCACUGCGCUUGUCCAACACGGUGCCCUUCAGCAGCUCACAUACUUGAAUCUCAAGAGCGCGCGAAUCUGGUCUGCUGUCGCAUCUUGCACCCUCGACGAGUUUGUUGCAUUUGGGCCUGCCUAUGAGGACUUAGACCCUGUUGAGCGGACUUUAGAACGCUGCCUUGAUUCUCUCAAGAAGGACGACCUGGAUUACGAAGAUAUCUCGGACUCCUUGCGUCGAUCGAACGUCAUCAUGGACGGUGUGACUUCGACCUAUGAUGAGGUCUUAGCUACUCACCCUGAGGACGAAAUCAUCUUCCUGGUCUCAUCAAUCAAAUCCAACUUCCAACUUAUUAAAUCAUCUUUUGACACCAUUAAAUCUUGCAUCCAGAUGGUCGGAACCAUCGACGGCGAGUGGGAGAAUGGCACACAAUACGUGUUAGAACGGCUAUCGAGACAUUCUGAUGCCUCCAGUGACAGCAUUAUCGCUACCGGAAAACUUGUUCGGACUCUAGAGACCUUACGGAGCGACUCCCUGUGCCCUCGAUUCCCCUUAGGUGUCAAGGACAUUGCAGAUCAGAACGCUUUCCUUGAACUCAUUGCACAGCGAGUUCAAAAGUUCGCCGCACAACUUACCAACAUACUGCUCUCUCACGACGAGGGCGACUCUGAAAGCAUAUACGCUUCCGAGGUUUCGAAGCACCUCAGUCAGCUGGAAGAAAUGUUUUUCCCAGAGGAUGAAUUGUUUGAUAUGGGCAACAUCAUCCCCAAAAUCAUGUUCUGGAACGAGCAUGCGUCAGUUCUUAUGAACAACGUUGAGAUCGAGCAUGGCCCCGCCCCUUGGGUCUUGAAGGCGAACGAGAUUGAAGCCAACAAGAAGAAGACGGCAGAGGCCGAACGCCAGCUCCAGGUCCUCACAGUAGAACACCAUGCCACGAUACUUCAGAUUCGAGAGCGUGAUGAAAUCAUCGACACUAAAGAACUUCAGAUUGAACAUCUGACCGCCAAACACCGUGAGGCUAUGAGUCGAGUGGAGGACCUCACCCAGCUCCAGACGGAGCUUCGCGAAGCGACCUCGGAUCGUGAGCGUCUCCGGAAGGAGAUCAAUACCCAACAGAACGAACUUCUACGGCUGAAAGAUCAGUCAACCGCAUCAGAGCACGCCAUUCCCACCCCUUUGCAACCCACAACACCCCCCAAACCAGCCGGGGAACCACCAAAAGAACAUACCAGCGGCGCCUUCAAAACAUUUAUCCAAGCACUCGCCAACGAAAACCAUUGGCUCCGUCGACGAGAGAAUCACGAGAUGUUUAGCUUGAACCUGAAGGCGAUGUUUGCAAAGAUGCGAGAGUUCCAG